UCCUUGGAGAAGAUGGAAGCGGAGAGGCGGCCGGCGCCGGGCUCGCCCUCCGAGGGCCUGUUUGCGGACGGGCACCUGAUCUUGUGGACGCUGUGCUCGGUCUUGCUGCCGGUGUUCAUCACCUUCUGGUGUAGCCUCCAGCGGUCGCGCCGGCUGCUGCACCGCAGAGACAUCUUCCGCAAGAGCAAGCACGGGUGGCGCGACACGGACCUGUUCAGCCAGCCCACCUACUGCUGCGUGUGCGCGCAGCACAUUCUGCAGGGCGCUUUCUGCGACUGCUGCGGGCUCCGGGUGGACGAGGGCUGCCUCAAGAAGGCCGACAGGCGCUUCCAGUGCAAGGAGAUUAUGCUCAAGAAUGACACCAAGGUCCUGGACGCCAUGCCCCACCACUGGAUCAGGGGCAACGUGCCCCUGUGCAGUUACUGUAUGGUUUGCAAGCAGCAGUGUGGCUGUCAACCCAAGCUUUGCGAUUACAGGUGCAUUUGGUGCCAGAAAACAGUACAUGAUGAGUGCAUGAAAAAUAGUUUAAAGAAUGAAAAGUGUGAUUUUGGAGAAUUCAAAAACCUAAUCAUUCCACCAAGUUAUUUAACCUCCAUUAAUCAGAUGCGUAAAGACAAAAAAACAGAUUAUGAAGUGCUAGCCUCUAAGCUUGGAAAGCAAUGGACGCCAUUAAUAAUCCUGGCCAACUCUCGUAGUGGAACUAAUAUGGGAGAAGGACUGUUGGGAGAAUUUAGGAUCUUGUUGAAUCCAGUCCAGGUUUUUGAUGUAACUAAAACUCCUCCUAUCAAAGCCCUACAACUCUGUACUCUUCUUCCAUAUUAUUCAGCUCGAGUACUUGUUUGUGGAGGGGAUGGGACUGUAGGGUGGGUCCUGGAUGCAGUUGAUGACAUGAAAAUUAAGGGACAAGAAAAGUACAUUCCACAAGUUGCAGUCUUGCCUCUGGGAACAGGCAACGAUCUAUCCAAUACAUUGGGUUGGGGUACAGGUUAUGCUGGAGAAAUUCCAGUUGCACAGGUUUUGCGAAAUGUAAUGGAAGCAGAUGGAAUUAAACUAGAUCGAUGGAAAGUUCAAGUAACAAAUAAAGGAUACUACAACUUAAGAAAACCCAAGGAAUUCACAAUGAACAACUAUUUUUCUGUUGGACCUGAUGCUCUCAUGGCUCUCAAUUUUCAUGCUCAUCGUGAGAAGGCACCAUCUCUGUUUUCUAGCAGAAUUCUUAAUAAGGCGGUUUACUUAUUUUAUGGAACCAAAGAUUGUUUAGUGCAAGAAUGUAAAGAUUUGAAUAAAAAAGUUGAGCUAGAACUGGAUGGUGAGCGAGUAGCACUGCCCAGCUUGGAAGGUAUUAUAGUUCUGAACAUUGGUUACUGGGGCGGUGGCUGCAGACUAUGGGAAGGGAUGGGAGACGAGACUUACCCUCUAGCCAGGCAUGACGAUGGUCUACUGGAAGUCGUUGGAGUAUAUGGGUCUUUCCACUGUGCUCAGAUUCAAGUAAAACUGGCGAAUCCUUUUCGAAUAGGACAGGCACAUACAGUGAGGCUGAUUUUGAAGUGCUCCAUGAUGCCAAUGCAGGUGGAUGGGGAGCCUUGGGCCCAAGGGCCCUGCACUGUCACCAUAACUCACAAGACACAUGCAAUGAUGUUAUAUUUCUCUGGAGAACAAACAGAUGAUGACAUCUCUAGUACUUCGGAUCAAGAAGAUAUAAAGGAGACUGAAUAGAUGGAUGAGGGAGUGAAAACUUUGCAUAGAAUCCUCACGCAAGUAGAUGUAUGUUCAUCCAAAAGUAUUAAUAGAAAUUCUCUGUCAGCUAUUCAGUCUUAAUUUCACUAGUAGUAUUAUGGGUAUACAUUUUUGUAAAUAGCAUCCCCAAACCAGCCAGCCUUCAGUUAUUUACAAACAUUUGUUCUUUUUUCAGCAAAAUACUUCAAAUGAGUAGUAUUAACUUACGAAAAGUCAAAAAAACUUACAUGAGAGUGAAAAUUUGUUAUGACUGUUUUGAGAGUGGGACUCGCUCUGAAGUAUGUGCUGUCUCAUUUCUUAUUUUUGAACCAUGCAUAUGAUGGACGCACAAUGGAUGGACACAUUAUAUCU